UCUGGAAGUUUGCGGUGAGAGUCACCGGUUGGAUAGUGAAUCUGGCAGCGGUCCAUACAACGGAUGCACUUUACACCAAUGAGAGCAUCCAUUUCAACAAUCGGUCCCCCAUAUGGCACUUGGCCCCUCCUCCACGCUCCAUCCCGGCGGAGGGUCUCAUUCAUGCUCCAGGACAGCGGCUCACUCCAAGCCUACUGGCCUCAGCAUCAGCUGUUUUUGAUCCAACCCGGCCUUGUGACAAAGGAAGACUUUCUGCGCGCAGAUCUACUUUUUUUUUUUUUUUGUACUUUUUUAAAGUACAUCUCCAUCCCCGUCUGAUCCUCUCUGUUGGAGCAGAUGAUCCGCUGCGCUCCCACUCCUGCUCGAGAUGUGCGCUCGGACAAUGAUUGUAAUCUGUGGAGACAUAUAUCUACAUUCAUCUCUUUAGCCUUGAAUGAAAGAAAGUCCGUGCGGAUUUCUACUGAGCCCCGUUAAGAGUCAUAACACAGCACCAGACAUUUAUUUAUCCCCCCCCCUAAAGCUCACUGGAAGCUUCUUUUGCGGCGCUUUUGAGGGAGAGCGGCGCCCUGAAGUGGACCCUCUGUUCGUUACUGAAGUGCUUCAACUUGUCCAGGCCAUCUUGUCGGUUCCGAACCAAAUAAUACCAGAAUUUCAAAAAGUCAUCCAAACGACCAGGACAGGGCUUUAAAUGUUUGGGAUCCAGGAGCAGCUAAUACGAGACGUGAGCGGAUUAAAAGAGAGAACUCUUGGAGAGGAGAUGGAUCCAGUCCGGUCGUGGGUGCGUAAUGUUGGAGUUGUGGAUGCGAACGUUGCAGCGCAAAGUGGGGUGGCCCUGUCAAGAGCUCACUUUGAGAAGCAGCCGCCUUCCAAUCUUCGCAAGUCCAACUUUUUCCACUUCGUCCUGGCCCUCUAUGACAGACACGGCCAACCUGUGGAGGUGGAGAGGACGGCGUUUGUGGACUUUGUUGAGCACGAGAAGGAGCAGACAGGAGAAAAGACAAAUAACGGCACACACUACAAGCUACAGCUCCUCUACAGUAAUGGGGUCCGUACGGAGCAAGAUCUUUACGCGCGACUUAUUGACUCCGUCACCAAACAGCCCAUUUCGUACGAGGGACAGAACAAGAACCCAGAAAUGUGCAGAGUUCUGCUCACGCAUGAGGUUAUGUGCAGCCGCUGCUGCGAGAAGAAAAGUUGUGGCAAUCGCAAUGAGACACCCUCUGAUCCGGUCAUCAUUGACAGGUUUUUCUUGAAGUUUUUCCUGAAAUGCAACCAGAACUGCCUGAAGACAGCAGGCAACCCGAGGGAUAUGAGGAGAUUCCAGGUGGUCUUGUCCAGCACAGUGAGUGUAGAUGGACACGUCCUGGCCGUGUCGGACAACAUGUUCGUCCACAACAACUCAAAACACGGCCGGAGAGCUCGCCGACUGGAGCCGGGAGAGUCUGUGGAGAAUACCAUGGAAUAUGCCACCCCCUGCAUCAAAGCCAUCAGCCCCAGCGAAGGCUGGACCACCGGCGGGGCCAUGGUCAUAGUCAUCGGGGAGAACUUUUUCGACGGGCUGCAGGUGGUGUUUGGAAGCAUGCUAGUGUGGAGUGAGCUGAUCACUCCGCACGCCAUUCGUGUGCAGACGCCUCCUCGACACAUCCCUGGGGUCGUGGAGGUCACCCUGUCGUAUAAGUCGAAGCAGUUCUGCAAGGGAGCGCCUGGACGCUUCAUCUACACAGCCCUUAAUGAGCCAACUAUAGACUACGGUUUUCAGCGACUUCAGAAGGUAAUUCCCCGGCAUCCAGGUGAUCCAGAGAAGCUAGCAAAGGAGAUUCUUCUGAAAAGAGCAGCAGAUCUUGUUGAAGCCCUAUAUGGAAAUCCUCACAGUAAUCAGGACAUGCUGCUGAAACGUGCAGCUGACAUUGCCGAGGCGCUCUACAGCGUUCCCCGUCCUCACAGUCAGCUGCAGGCGCUGCCCAGCUCACCAGCCCAUGGGAGCGUCAUGGGCUUAGGCUCCUAUCCAUCCCAGCUGGGGGUUAGCAUUGGAGAUCCAGGACAGAGCAGCCAAGGUUAUAUCCGUAACUCCAGCAGUUUGUCUCCGAGGGGUUACCCCUCAGCUUCCACUCCCCAGCAGUCGAGCUACGGAGGCAGCGGCGGGAUGACUGGAGGCUAUGGGACAGUUCCCAUGACAAGUCUGGGAGUUCCUGGAUCUCCUGGAUUCAGCAGCGCCUCACCCACCAGCUCUCCCUACAUAAUGCCAGCAAGCCCCACAAUACCAGGAAGCUCCAGCUCCUCGUCAUCUCUCUUGCCUUUCUCCUCUUUCCCUUCUGCUGCUAAACAGAAGAGUGCUUUUGCUCCCGUCCUCAGGCCCCAAGGUUCUCCUUCCCCUGCCUGUCCCGCCUCAGGGGGGAACAGCUUCAGAGCGAUGACGGGCCUGGUUGUCCCCCCGAUGUAGCAAAGCACCUGCCCCCAAUCUGCCCCAGACCACUGCUUCACUUACCUCCCCUUCUUUUUUGGCACUGAGCAGGGAGAUCGAAAUAAAACAAACUGAUCACUAGUGAGCGUAACUUUUCCUCCCUGAUUCCAACCGCUGUCUCUCAGCCCCCUUUUUGUGACCAGUCAGUGGAACGGGUGGGGUAUGAAAAUGUCCAAAGACCAGCCAUCUUCUCCAGAUGCACGGGAUAACACAUCAGCCUCAGCUGCAAACAGCAAGACUGGACAGUUUACUGCUGUAUGUGUGUCUGACAGGAAACCUCCGUUUAAUUUCGCCUGACGCUUCUGAAAGGAUCUGUCUGAACCUCUGAUCCACCGCCACAUACAGCAUCUAGUUUUUGCAAAGCCUGCAAAAGACUUUCAGGAUGCACUGCCGGAUCACUGCGUGUCGUCGGAUGCCGGACAGCUCAGAUAAGAAGCCGCAGCUCUAAAAUGUGGGGUGCUUACUUUGUGUGUGUAUAGACACCCUAAAUGGCAUGUGCAGACACUGUCUGUGAGCUAGAGAGAGGUUGUUUUGUAGUAGACUUUUAAAGACAACUUACAUUCCAGAAAAGUAGAACCCUUAUAUUUUGUUUUGAUUGUUUUUUCAAGGGAGAAAUCUUUGUCUCAUGGGUUAUUACUAAAAUGAAUUCAUAUAUUGAUUUAUUUAAGAACAAGCAAUUUAACUUAUUAAAGUUAGUUUAGGGAAUAAUAUAAACAUGUUUUUAUAAACUGGUUCUCUUUCCAACUGUUGAUGAAAUUAAGCGAGCUCUCCAAUUGCCAAUUACUUUGAUAAAUGACACUCUGUAAUAGAUUUUUUUAGUGGAGUUUUUUUUUUUUUUAAACUAAACUUUCCUACUUUUCAGGUUCUUGCAAAAGCAAUUAUAUGUGUUUUGCCCGCAGUUAAAGGUUAUUGUCCUUGUGUAAAAGGAAAUAUUAGUUAGCCGUAUCUUUUUUAUUUCCACUUAAAAUGCAUGCUUUGUUACACCAAUGCUCUGGUACUUUUUCACCCUGAAUAGUUUGUGAACUUUCAUUUCCAAUGUUUAGUCACUAUGCAGUAUAGGAAGGAAAAGCACAACAGCUCGAACAAAAAGAAGGUGUAUAAGGUGGUCAUUUAUUAUCAUGUUCUUACAGCUACAGUUCCUUGUAAAGGUAUUCAUACCUGUUGAGUUUUUCCACAUUUUGUCAGGUUGCAGCACAAAACUGUACUUAAUUGGGAUUUAAGAGCAUAGACCAUUACAAAGUAGCGAAAAAAACAAUUAUUUUGCUUUUGAUUUUCUACAGUUCUUACAGAUGAAAGUAUAAUAAGCAUGAAGGGCAUUUACCAAAUAAUCUGGGGCAUGUUUGCAGUCUGACUGUUUUUCUUCUGGUUUUGUCUCUUAUUUAGCUCAAUUCACCUUCACAUCCAUCUGCCUGUAAAAACCACAACAUGAUGCUGCCACUCCCAGUUUCACAGUGAAGAUGGUAUUUUCAGGGUGAUUUACUGUGUUAGUUGUCUCUCACACAUAUUUUUUGUUGAUCAAAAAGAGCAAAGUUUGACCUAACCUUAUCAGAGUAACUUCUUUGACUCUCCACGAGUUAUGACAAACUGUAAAAAUUAGUUGCUUUUACUUUCUUCUUGUCCAUAAAAGCCAGAUUUGCAACAGAUUCUCACACCUUCACAAACGGUCUCUGAUGUUCUUCCAGCACAGGCUUCUUGGCUGGUUUUCUGAUUAAUGCUUUCCUUUUCCAGGCUGUAGGUGUAGCUGGGUUGACAUGUCUUGAUAGGUCUGAAGUUGUGCUAUGCUCUUUUUACUUCCAGAUGAAGUUUAGACUUUGCAUUGAUAUAUUGUUUUAUGACCCAAUCCUGUAUUAAGGUUUGCCAGAGCCGUAUCCCUGAUUGUCUGUUGAGUUUCUUGGUCUUCUUUCUGUUUGGUCCUGGAUGUUUUCUAAAAAAAAAAAGAUCAGGUUGCAGCACUUUUAAGAUGCACAUUGAAGUUGCAUGUGUAAAUGUUGAAAUCCUUUUCUAUACUCCACAAUUUUGUGCUACUUUGUGUUGGUCUGUCGCAUAAAAAUUCCACCAAAAAUGAUUUGAGGUAGUAACGUUGGAAAAUGACACAAAAUUCAAGAUGUAUGAAUACUUUUAAAGGCAUGGCAUUAUUCAUCACAACACAAAACUCAUUCUCAGGACGUGCACACAAAGAACGCAAAGGGUAGCUGACGUAAGCAAAUUUGUUUUUAGAGUUCAGUUAAUAUUAUUUAUUAAAAAAAUGUUAGCAAUUUAUUUUUAUGUUUUUUAAGCCAUGUUUUUUUGAAGUGAUACAAAAAAAAUGGUGCAAAUGUGAUUUGUAAAUUCUAAGGUGUAAUUAUAUUUUGUGCUCCAAAUAAAACAAG